UGAUGAGCAAUUUGAGUUUGAAGGUAAAUUUUCGAGGUGAAAACUAAUUUCUCGCUGCGGGGAGAGCGUUAAAAAAUCGUGUAAAACAUACAACCUUUGUGUAUUGCUAAACGAAACUAUAACAGUUUUUCAAAAAUUUUGUUUAUAUAAGCUGUGUGUGUGUGUCCGGUUCGAUGUAGGGUAUCGGCUCUAUUAUCGUCUGGUUUGUUAUUAUUAUAAUCCGAGGGGUUGAUGAAAUCAUAGAGAACUAAUUUUUUGCAGUAAUAUGCUUUGCAAUAUUAAAAAAAACAUCAUGCAAUAAAUUAACGCUCUAGGACGAAAAUACAGGUUGCAAACUGAUUUUGCUAUAUAUACGGAUAACCCAGCAAAGCUGGACACUGUCUUUCAAUAACCGCUGGAAGAGAAAUUUCUUUGUAAAAUGAAGGCAAUUGCUUGCAUAUUGUUCGUUGUGCCGUACACUUUGGCUUUGCCAGUUGAUAAGGAAACAUCAAUAACCGGUGUCAGCACAUCUACCAUUAGCCACUUCGGAGACCGGAUUCAAUCAAAUCAUGGCACAGCCAGCUUAACCGUUACACAAAAUCCGGCUAUUUGGACAAAACAAACGGAUCGUUUUUCAACAAUCACGAAUGAAGCUCAAAGAAGUACAACUGAAAUUGUUACGGGUACACAAUCUAUACAUAAAUACCAACAGAAACGAGACACACCGAAUGAUUCAUUGAAAGCAACCACUCGUAUCAACCCAGUCUCGGGUGCAGCUGUUAAGGACCUGUCAACCGCUAGUGUACCCGUUCCUACAAAGCAAUCGACUUACGUGAGACGUAAUACACAAAAACCAGUCGUUCCUAGUACUAUUUUACAAACCGACAGUAACAUAAAGUAUCAACCAUCUCCGUUAUCCAAUGACACACCCGUUAAAACACUACCUGCCGCACAACCUUAUAAGAAUAACUAAAUUUUCGGUUCGACAGAAUAAAGUACAUAAUGAUUGAUUAUGAAAAUAUACUUAUCGUAUUUAAAGCAUCAA